AUGCCGUCCAUUCUCAGCGACGAGGACAAGGAGACGGUCAAGAGGGUCAUUCCCAAGCAGACCAACAAGAUCCAUGCCGUCGCCGUCGCCAGAUUAUACGUCGCAUACCCCAACAAGUCGAAAUGGACCUACACUGGAUUGCAAGGCGCCAUCGUACUCGCCGACGAUCUCGUAGGACACACCUACUGGCUCAAGAUGGUUGAUGUAUCACCGGCUGGCCGAGGAGUCAUUUGGGAUCACGAGAUCUACGACACCUGGCAGUACAACCAGGACCGCACCUUUUUCCACACUUUCGAGCUCGAGGAAUGUCUAGCAGGACUGUCUUUCGUGGACGAGAAGGAGGCUAAGCAGUUUAAGAAGAAGAUGGACGAGCGGGAAAAGAAUGCCAGCAAAGCAACCAAGAACACUCCCUUUGGUGGACAUGGCCAACCUGUCAAGUCAGGCGGCCUAUUCGGCAGCAUCUUUGGAGGACAUAAACAUGCCUCCACUCCCACGCCGCCCGAGUCUCCUCAGAGCAGCAUCCCGCCGCCUCCGCCUUCGCAUACCAGGUCGCCUUCUGCCGGCAUGAACGGCUUCCAUAAACCAGGCUCCGAGUUUGCUACACUGGAAGCUUAUGACCCUAAUUGGCGAGACAACUUUGGAAAUUUCCUCACAGAACAGGGCUUGACCGACGACUUCAUCAAAGACAACCAGGACUUUAUCGUGGAAUUCUUGAAGCAGCAGCCCCCUGAUGCUAUGCCAAGGUCUACAGCACCGCCGCCGCCUCCGCCGCCUCCGGUCAAUGGUAAUAGUGGACAUGGCCGAGCUCCUCCGCCGCCACCACCAGGAAUUAGGCCAACUUCGGAGCUUACAACAUCUGGUUCUCGUCGUGGCGCUCCUCCUCCUCCGCCUCCUUCCAGAGGAACGAAGAGAGGAACCGCAAAAGCAGAUGUUCAUCGUGAGCCAACACCUCCGCAGGACGCGACUCCUCCGCCUCCUCCAAGGCCGCGAUUUAAUGCUCCGCCGCCUUUGGCUGAUGCUGGCAAGUACGCGCACCAAGAACCUGCACGACCAGUGCCAGCUGCUCCGGCGCCCGGGCCUCCUCCCCCUCCAAGACCAUCUAAGACGCCGCUUGAUUCUGAAGACACAUCCGGGCAAAGAUUCGGCGUGCCUCCUCCGUUUGCUGGACCACGCACCACUGCUCCUCCAGCACCACCAUCCAGAGGCCCAGUACCACCACCGCCGCCCAGGGACGUACCGGCGCCACCCCUGCCUCCAUCACUACCACCCAAGGCCCCAACCUCGAAUGCGCCUCCGCUACCUCCUCCGACGUCGAGACCGGUGCCGGCAGCACCAGCUGCUUCCGCUCCACCUCCGCCUCCCAGAGCAGUCCCAGCACCGCCGCUGCCACCGUCGAAUGCGGCAGCACCUCCCCCUCCACCACCUCCUGGCCCACCACCGCUCCCUGGAGGUGCUGGCGGCAUGCCUCCUCCUCCACCGCCUCCUCCUCCUCCAGGUGGUGCUGGUGGCUUACCUCCGCCUCCACCACCUCCGCCGCCGAACCGCGACUCUGGCUAUGCCUCGGGAGUGCCUGCGCCAGCGCUGCCUGCAGCCAACUCAGGACGUUCAGCCAUGCUCGAUAGUAUCCAGAAGGCUGGAGGUGUAGGUGGCCUCAAGAAGGUAGACAGGACUCAGAUCAGGGACAGAAGUGCAGCUCUUCCCUCGGGUAGCGAUACUGGGCCGCAUGGUAGUGGAUUGCCGCCUGCUGGUGUUGCUCCUGGCGGCGCACCGAACAUGGCAGACGCAUUGGCUGCGGCACUGCAGAAACGGAAGCAAAAGGUCGGCGAUAGUGACGACGAGGGCGACGAUGAUGAUUGGUAA